AUGACAGGAGGAAAGAAGGAGGGCUCAGCAAACCCAUCAGCUGUCCGGAUCCGUGACAACCAACGACGGUCCCGUGCACGACACAAGGAGUAUGUCGAAGGUCUGCAGAAGAAACUUCAAGACUAUGAGCGCCGAGGCGUUGAAGCGACGUUGGAGAUGCAACAAGCAGCUCGCAGUGUUGCUGUCGAAAACUCACGCCUAAAAAUCCUGCUGGGGUACCACGGCAUCACUAAUGAGGACGUUGAAAAGUUCUUGCAGAGCUUUCCCGACCAACCCGCUUCAGAAGCCGCAAAGGCAACGAUUUCACAGUCGACCUCUGGUCAGCCACUUCUCGCUGCAACACCCAAGAUUCCUCUUCAGCCUCUGUCAAGAGGACACUCAGCAGAACCUCCGAGGUCAACGUUACUGCCUCCCCAUAUCGCACCAGAGAAGACGAGUACUCGAGAUGUGGUGGACGCCGUCGUAGGGAUCAAGAGAGACGCUCGUAAAGCUGGUCUUCCCAGUGGACCAACACUCCCUUUACCAGUGGAGCAGCGGCAGCCGCUGUUGCAACCUCGACCUCAACCGCACAUUCUGCCAGCGUUGCCAGCGUUGCCAGCUCUUGUCCUCGGUCAGGGUAGGCCAGACCCCAAUCCCCUCGAUAAACUCUCAGUUCUUGCGACAGCGAGCGUACAUCAAGAACCUGACAAGAACAAGCACCACCGCACGCAUUCAAAUGCCGAUAGCCUUCGUGUACCGAGCCCGUCAAUACUAGGACAGAGUUCCCCAGCGUCGUCACGUACAACCCCUAGUCGAACUUAUUCGACAUCUCCGUGA